AGGGUACUAGGCCUUGCUCCUCCGUUAAUCGCACUGCGCCCUUGCGCUAUUUCACCGUCUUUGUGUUUGCUGCCUCAAGCGCUGCCGCUCCUUGCUCUGCUGCUGCUAUUGUCCCUCCUUCUCUCGUCUCGUGCACACGUUCCUUACAUGUCCACGGCCGAAGUGGAACUUGCAUGGUCGCUCUCUCCAAGCCUCAUAUACGUCACGCCAACCACCUCCUUUUACGACAGCGACGGCCGCUUGCCUUUGACGAACACGACCGACAUCUCCCCGCGCGCCAUUGCUAAUCUUCCGUUGUUGCGACCGUUUGCGCAGUCAUGGCGCCUGGAAGUAGCGAGAAAAGGGGCGGUCUGACGCUGGAGAAGCUGGCAUCGUACGACGACGUUAUCACGGACGCGCUGGUCGACAAGAUCUACUACUGGACCGCGAUCCGCAAGAACCGCGGUGGGCGCUUCUCCGCGUCUCGAGGGCUGCACGAAGAAGACAUUGCCGACAUCAUUCGCAGGCACGUAAUAUGCGAGAAGGACCCCGUGGAGGCAGUGCAGGGACUCUUGCGCCUGCCCGGACUGCGCAAGUACAUGGCCAGCCUGAAGGAUGAGAAGGACCAGGAGCACUUCAAGCGACACCUCCGGAGAUACGUCAACAUCUACCUACCGGACUGCGCAUUCGAAGUCACAACGACAAACCGCUAUACGAUUAUCGACCACGAGGCGUCCAUCACCGCGCGACGAGACAUCAACCCGCGCGAGGAGAUCAAGUACCUGACUGGAGUUCAGGUCGCUAUGACGGAGGAGCAGGAGGCGGCGCUGGAACUGGCGCGCAAGGACUUCAGCCUCGUCAUCUCGAGCAGGAAGAAGACGCGUUCGCUUUUCCUUGGACCCGCACGCUUCGCCAACCACGAUUGCGACGCGAAUGCCCGACUCUCCACCAAGGGCUACGAUGGAAUGCAGAUUGUUGCCGUCAAACCUAUCGCAGAAGGAGAAGAAAUCACCGUGUCAUAUGGUGAGGAUUACUUUGGCGAAAAUAACGAAGAGUGUCUCUGUCACACAUGCGAGGAUCGACUACAGAAUGGCUGGGCGCCAAUGAGACGGAUCGAGGAUAGUGAGGACGAGGAUGAGAAUGGGAAUGAGGAGGGAGAGGGCUCAGAGCAGGCGCAGGAGAAACUAGCAGGAGAGGCAGCUUCAGACGAAGAGGAUGCUUCCACAAGAAAACGACGACACGACUCAACAGCAUCACGCGACUCAACCCCAGCCUCGAAGCGCGCCAAAACCAGCACAAAGACUUCCCCAGCCAAGCGCCACGCCUCCGAUCUUCUGCGCGAAGCAACACUCAAGAAGGCGCACAGCACAUCCUCACUCAGACAAGAACUGCCCGUAUCCAGCAUCGAAGACCCCGCGACCGACCUCCCCACUUUCUCGCGCUCAAUCCGCACCCAGCAGCGCGACGGCCUCCUGACAAUGCACAUGGACGAAACCUCGUCCUCGCGUGAAUCAACCCCCCAGUCCUUCCUCGCAGCACGGUCGCCCCACUCCACACCCUCUACGGAUGCAACCUCCAUCGACGAAGACGUGUCCCCCACCAUCAAAGUCGACCCGGAAGUCCUGCACGAAGUCCCCACCCUGGGCGUCGCUACCGUCAGCGACGAAACGACCACAAUCACAGUAACAACAACAAUAUCAGCAGCAGAAACAAGCACUACCAUCACAACCACCCCCUGGGACGACUCCCCCUCCUCCCCCCUCUCCUCCCUCUCCUCAGACCUCGACUCCACCCCUCCCACCCCUAUAACCCACCUCCCGCCUCCCCCCCCACCCCCCCGCACAACCCGCUCCUCCUCGCGCUUCACCCACUCCCCCCCCAACGCGCCCAUCCCCCUCGCCACCACGCACCUCGACGGCUACGAGCCCAACCCCCGCACCCCCGGCGACUACACCCGCAGCCCCUCGAUCCUCAGCGCCAAAUAUUCAAAAUGGGUCGAGUGCCAGACCUGCGACGCGGCGUUCGUCCAGCAGGAUGGGUAUCUUACUCGCAAGGAGUGUAUGCGGUGCGAGAGGCAUAGUAAACUUUAUGGGUUUACGUGGCCGAAGACGGAGAGGUGGGGGAAGGGGGAUAGGGAGGUUAGGGUGCUGGAUCAUAGGACUGUGCAUCGGUUUGUUGGGCCGGGGGAGGGGAGGGGAGGGAGGGGGAGGAAGAGUGUGAGUGCAGAUAGCAGAAGUUAUGGGAAUGAAAGGCAAAUAAGUUCGAGUCACAUCACAUCACAUCAUUGA